AUGUCAACAGAUAUCAAACAGUCAUUAAGAAAUGCCAACUUCGUGCGUGGUAUUUUGAUUAAUGAUAUAAAACGUCUUGAAAGUGAAUAUUUCAACUUAAAUCAAGUGCAGGGAACUAAAAGCAAUAUUAUUAACCAGAAAAAGAAAUUCUGGCUUGAAAAUCUCAGACCAGCUUUACUAAGGUAUUGGAAGUUUAAACGUUCACUCUUUCCAUUGAUUCAUUACUCUAAAAAACAUUUGAAGUCUUUGAAAGAAGCAAAGGAGGCUAACAAUAAAAUCACUCAAAAAUCCGAGCAUGGAAAAACAGUCCUAGGUCCUUUCCCCUUAGAAAUCUGGGAUAUGAUUAUGAAAAGAGGUGGUGUUAAAAGGGAGGUUCUUCGUCUUAAUAGAGGAAUCUUCAAUGAUUUGGCACCUUAUGCUUUUGGUGGUGGUGGAUUUCAAAAUUUGCAAUUAUUAUUAGUGGUUAGCUCCACUAAAAAAAUGAGACAAAAUGAUGCUUGUUUCUUAAGAGAAGGUCCUGAUUUCCCUGAUAAGCCAUGUGAUUCUUUCUCGAUAUAUAAAAGAGAUUUAGAAAGCUCUAAAUUCGAGUAUGAAUUCUUAGAUGUUGCUUAUGAUGCUCCAAAACGUAUUCGUGAUGAGAAGACAUUAGUUAUCACAGAUUAUGAAGACAUCAAAUUUCUAUUUCACCAUUUAAUCAGUAAUCCUGAUUCAAUAGUUAAGAAAAGUUUCAAAUCUAUCAGGGUUGAUAUUUCAAUAUUACAUGGGUAUAAGGAAUUGAUAUAUGAUUCUGAUUCUAAGGUCAACCACGCGUUGAAGCACUAUGGAAAAUCAUUGGACAUUGGUAGCUUUUCUUCAAUGAUCCAAGCUAAAACAGACGAGUUCUUUUAUGGGACAGAUUCACAUCAGCUUUUUAACAAGGGAGAGAGUAGAUGGGGCCAUCCUAAAUUAGGUAUAUCUAAUAAUUCUGAUGCUCAUAGUUUUAGCAAGGUAUCUCACAAUACAGCAAAUGAGGUUUUCCCUAGUAAGGUCUAUUUCAAUGAACUAAUUCAUCUUUCUGAACUUUUCAAAUCUUAUGAUUCAGGUGAAAGAAAUGAACUAUUCAAGAUAUCUACAAAGAAGGAACUUCGAAAAAAUCAUCCAUACCAGAAAUAUGUAGUUUCACCUGAUCAAUUCAAAGAAUCCCCAGAUUUUGACGGUCAACAGUUAAAAAUGGAUGGUGCAAUUGCUUCACAUAAUAUCAAGAUUCAAAAAAGAAGAUUUUCCUCUGCUAAUGAAGUCAAAUCUCUUAUCAAAUUGAUGGUGGAAACAUUAUCAUGUGAUAAAAUUUUCCAUGAUACUGAUGCUUCUUUAUUUAUUAGCGGAAUGUCAGAUUUCCAAGAGACAAAUGAAAUCCGCAAAAAGCAACCAGGGAAAUCCAAACCUGUUUUAAACAUGUUCAAGUAUAAACCACAUCUCACCUUAUUGAAUAAGCCAAAAUCUGUUUGA